AUGGCCAACCAUAAACCCCUCCCCGCGCUGCCGCCAAGCAGCGAAACAACAACACUUUCAGUGGACGCGCGAAACCACCGUGCCCGACUGAUUCGGCACUUCCUAAGCGACAUCCACGAACCAGCACUCGAGAGUCGACGCGACGGAUGGGCGUAUGUUCUCGAAGAGGUAUUGGACGAACUGAGUCUCCACAUCUCUUCUGGGGAUUGGCUGAGCAGCAUCAAACGUGGAAAGAAGCUGAAGCGGAAGAGAGCACAAGAGGAAGCGGACAAGCAUUCCAGACCAGCUGCUAUAGAGAAGGUCCAGAAGAGGAGUAGUAACGACUCCCACAAAGAAGAGACAGCGUCGGAAUCCGCUCUUGCCGUAAAGCCAUUACCUUCCACCCCGGAACCACCUCUUAAACAACUCCGUCAAUUGGCUGCCCGACCACCAUCGCACGAGGAACUUCGCGCAGGCCACUUAGUACUUUGUCUCGCACCCCAUGGAAGUCGAAUACCGCUGCCCGCGGAAGAUAGUGGAUUCGACCUGGUUCCUGCCAACAUUGGCUGCGCGUUCUCCCCAGGCAGCUUCUCGUUGCAAGACCCAGGGCAAGACGAAGUUGGGACGGUUUUGUACGGUUUGGAUGGGCUAGAAGUCAAUGUGCUCGAUACCAAUCUCCGUCUGGUAGGAGGAACAUUCGCGUUCAAGGGAGUCAAUACUCCCGUGCAACAUCAUCUUCUGUUCAAGGUUCUCAAGCUUGCAAUAUUCGUCCAUCUUUCGUUAGUUCUGGAACAGAACCUGUUAGCAGCUUCUGGGGUUCCGCUCAAGCUCCCAAGGCCCAAAAUGCCUCCACCCUCUCCUUCAACACCAACUUCGCCAUCUGCAGGAGCGCCCCAAGAACCCAAACAAGUGCGAAUAAAGGCCCGGAAUACCAUCAUUCCAUCCAGCUUCACCAAUUUCUUUCUGAAGCGAAACCUCAGCUACCGCGGUGCUCAGACUAUCAGUGUCGCCGGAGACCGCAGAGGCUCUCUGGACCUGACCGUCCUUCCACCGUCAUCCUCCGCAGCCGAGGAACCUCCUCACAAACCAGCAGAAGGCGUGCAUGGCCUGGUCAGCAAUCUGCGGCUACGCCGGUUUUCAUUCAUAGGUGACCGGCGUCAUUCAUUACGCAAGUCCCUGCACCUCACGCAGGAGAAGCGAGAGCAGCCACCCUCGCAGCCCUUCGUCAACGCCCUGAAACGCAUUGAAGGGUCCAAGGACCUCCUGUCGACGUCUGCAGGCGUGUCGUUGAGGCUGCCGAAAUUAAUCGUGGAUUUGGCGGACCAGGAGAAGGCUAGGGCUGCGCUAGCCGAUGGCCACCGUCCUGGACAAAGCAGGAGGCUGAAGGGCGACGAGAGGGCGGCGCUGACGAGCCUUCUAGGGUGGGAUGGGAAGGAUGCGGAGGGCAGAGGGAUGUCUGGCAUACUUGGGUUUGUGAGGCAGCAGGAGAUAUCUGUUCUGUGCUCAUUGCAUGUUCCGCCGUCGACCGUUACCCCGACUGGUACCAUCUCUCAUCCGCCAACCCCUUCUUCGUCGACGACGACCUCGGAACCCUCCGAGCCGGAAAAGGUUCAAGUUGGCUCUUCUACAUUCACCAAUGCCACGACCUCUACGGCUGCCACCAUCUCUACACUAGGGACUCUGUCAAACCGACCCUCAGUCGGCCACUCUCCAUGUGGAAAGCCACAUUGGCUGACGUUCCGCUAUUUCUCGUCGAACCCUAAUGACGAUCAACUGUUGGGGGAGUGGGUACUUGACACUGCCAAGGGCAGAAAUUCGCCCUGUAGCAGGCCUGGAUGUACGUUCCUCAAGGGGCAGCACGAGCAGAGGAUAAUCCAUGAUGGCAUUCGCAUUGUCAUCAGAGUGGGCGAGGAUGACAAGAUGACAGAGGACGGCAAGGAGGAGGAAGAGGAGAAGCCAAGUACAGAGGAUGAUGUGAGGGUUUGGGAGAGUUGUGCUGUUUGCAAUGCGAGCACGAAGAGGACGAAGCUCAGUGACGGUGCAUAUCUUUUCUCCUUCGCAAAGUACCUCGAACUGUUGAUCCACUCGCCCUUCAUCUGCACCCUGGAUUCGCCACUUUGUGAACACACCACACCUCUAUCAACAUCGAUAGCUCUGCCACCUUCCAGAUUCAACAUCAUCCGACAUUUCUCAACUGCCUCUACGGACAUCACCCUUGCUUUGUCGACCAUCGAGGAUAUCUUCGAGAUUCGGGCUCCUCGGCUCCAAAUUACGCGUGGCGUAGAGAAGCCGAGCCCCCCUCAGUCUAGUGCAGGCAGGAAGCAGGAGGACAGUGAGUCGGAGGAGGAGCCUAACCAGAAGAAGAUUCUGAGGAAGGAAAUUAGGAAGUGGUGGGAGGGCGUAGCUGAUCAUAUUGAUAAAAUCGAACUCGUCUUGAACAACGACACGCCUGGUCAAAAAUCGCUACCUAGGUUGCCUUCGAUUGACGAUGCGUACGACGUAUUCGAUUCUUCACCUCAACACUCCGGCGCCACCACCCCUACGGCCUCUACUCCAUUCCCUCUACCUCCUCUGCCACCAACAGCACCCAACUCUCCUUCGUUUGACACGCCAAAAGAUGGUGUGCCAAAGGACUCCUACUUUACUACCCUCUCCAACAUGAGCACUGACACCCAAGCGUCCAAGGCACCGACAAUCCCGCCGAAAGACAACUCGGAACAGCUGCUCGCUACUCUCCGCCAUAACUUCCAGCGGAUAGAGCAGUCGCUCUACGCCCAGCUGGCGAGGACGCCCGAGUCGGCGCUGAAUGAUGUGCGGCGGUCGUUCAUCGCUACAGGACGAGGGACGCAGAAGAGGCUGAAGGCGUGGCAGGCAAAACAUUUGGGAGCGGCGAAAGCGAAGACGGUUGGUGAUUUGAUUGCGCAGGAGCCGGAGUGGUGGGGCAAAGGCUGUCAUGUUGUCCCGACAGGGAACAUUAUUGUGAGAGAGUACGAUUGGGGCAGUAUCAUUGCGCAUACAUUAAGUACGACCGACUAUCAGAUGGAGAUGGCCAACUUGUCGGUGGCUCGUACUACCAGCACAGGCACGCAAUCCACCACCAAUACCCCCGCUGCCGAACCACCCAACUCAUCUUCAUCGUUCUUCUCUGUUGCAACGAGCUACAAACUCUUUUCCCUAUCGGCCAAGACCCAACCGGAUCCCGACCAGGAGGACGUGGUUUGGAAUGAACCCGAACAGUAUUCCGCUGUCAUCUCGAGGAAGGACUACGGACGCGAUCCAACGGCGUUUGUCUCCAUCAGAGACGUUUUGCGCCCAAACAAAACGGCGUCUGAGCAGUCGGGUGCUGCCACUGCGUCGCGAAGCAAUGUGGCCACCAACUCUGCCCCAGGAACAAGUGCACCUCCCUCUGCGUUCGUCAAAGUCAAGCCUAAUGUCGGGCUGAGCACGGAAUCUGCUGGUGGGCAACUCAACGGGCAGGAGUCAACGGACGCUGCGGGUAAGAUACUGCAGGAGUUGGAGAAUGAAACGCCAACACAUUCUCGUCCUGCCUCUAUCAAGUCAGAGCUGCCCUCGAGCAUGGCGUUUGGGAAUGCACAUAUACGGAGGGGCAAGGCCUCGUCGAUCAUCUCGACGGAGAGCCGGGACAGUCAGAAGACGAUUGGGAAGGAGAAGGAUAAAGUGGCCGAGUCGGCGGAGCCGCAACCUAGUUCACUGCCGCCGCCGCCUCUGCCGCCGAAGGAUGACGGCCCAAAAGAGGCUGAUAAGGAGAAGGCGGCCAGCAAUGACAAGGAAGUCGUAGCUAGCUCUGACACAGCGCUACCGCCUCCUUCGAAGAUAGUGGCAUCAGCAUCGGCCCCGCCCCCCACGUCCUCGGGCUUUGCAAGUGUCCUGGCGACAGGGAUCGGAUCCGCCGUGCGGUAUGUACUGAGCGCCGAGCUACCUUCACGUACGGUCUCUCCAGCGGCUACGAACCCGCCCAAGAAACACCACAACCUAUUGCUCGCGGACAUGGGUAUUAUCGAUGAACGCCCACACAUCAAGUAUGACUGGACCAUCGGCAAGCGGAUCAAGUUUAGCUGCACGGUGUACUAUGCAAAGCAGUUCGAUGCGCUUCGGCGGCGAUGUGGAAUUCACGAUGUGUUCCUGAAGAGCCUGUCGAGGUCGACGAAUUGGACGGCGGAAGGAGGGAAGAGUAGGUCGAAUUUCUGGAAGACGAGUGACGAUAGGUUCAUCAUCAAGACACUGGUUAAUGCUUGGAAUGUGGCGGAUCUACAAGUACUGAUAGAUCAUGCCCCUUCGUAUUUCCGGUAUAUGGAUGCUACAGCGAGCAAGCCGACUGUCCUGGCGAAGUUGAUUGGUUUCUACACAAUCGAAGUCAGGAAUUUGGAGACGGGCAACGUUCAGUCAAAGGCGGAUCUUCUAGUCAUGGAGAAUUUGUUCUUCGGUCAAAAUAUCAGCAAGACAUUCGAUCUGAAGGGCAUUCAGGGACGGAAGAUCAAAACCCAAGGGAAUGGCACAACCAAGACUCUUUUCGAUGGUGAAUGGAUCGAGGGUCAACAGCGCACGCUUACGCUCGUCCGCCCGUACUCGAAGGUUAUCCUUCGCGAUGCCAUCAAGAGCGAUGCUGAAUUCCUAGCAAAGAGCAAUAUCAUGGAUUAUUCCCUCCUUCUCGGUGUUGACGAGGAGAAUAAACAGAUUGCUUGUGGCCUUGUCGAUACAAUAGGGAGUUACACCUUUGCUAAGACCUUGGAGUACAAGGCCAAGCAGGGCCUCCAGUCCGGGAAGGAGAUCACGGUUGUACCCCCAGCUGAGUAUCAGGAGCGCUUUGUGAGUGCGUUAGAAGGCUACUUCGUCGCCUGCCCAGACAAGUGGUCAAAACCCCAAGACGAGUCCAAGAUUAUUAGCGACCCUAAUCUUCUCCCAAGCGUCCUGUAG